UCAAGCACAACCAAAUUGGGGAGAACUGAAAACAGAGAAUGGAGCUAUACAUUCUUCUUUUCUGCAUACCUCUCUUUCUAAUCAUCCUCAAACCAUUUCUACAUGGUUCCUCAGCCCCAAAGAACACCCCACCAGGUCCAAAAGGGCUUCCCAUAAUUGGUUCCCUUCUUGAACUCGGAUCUCGACCAAACCAAUCACUAGCUGCCUUAGCCAAAAUUCAUGGCCCAAUCAUGACUCUGAAACUUGGUUCCAUCACGGCCAUAGUAGCUUCUUCACCUGAAGCAGCCAAAGAAAUCCUCCAGAAACAAGAACAAAUCUUCUCUGACCGAUCUGUCCCUGAUGUGAUCACCGCACAGCCUAACCCUCAAGCCACUCUAGCAUGGGUCCCUGGCGACCAGCGGUGGCGCAACCGCAGACGUAUAUGCAGCACGCAAAUGUUCACCACCCAAAGAUUAGACUCCCUUCAACACCUGAGGCACAAAAAAGUUGAAGAACUCGUGCUGCACUUCAAGAAACAUUCUGCACGGGGUGCACCGGUUGAUAUAGGUCGUGCUGCCUUUGCCACCACGCUUAACUUGAUGUCGAACACAAUUUUUUCCAUUGACAUGGUGGAUCCAGAGUUUGAAACUGCUCAGGAGUUUAAGGACUUAGUUUGGAGGAUCAUGGAGGAUGCAGGAAAGCCGAAUCUGUCGGAUUAUUUUCCACUGAUAAAGAUGUUUGAUCUUCAAGGAGUGAAACGCCAUAUUAGGCCUUCUUAUCUAAGAUUGCAUCAAAUAUUUGAUGAAGUCAUUGCGAAAAGAUUGGAGGCUAGGAAGCUGGGGGAGAGCAGGAAAGAUGAUUUCUUGGAUGUGCUUCUUGAUCAGUGCGAAGAAGAGGGGUCUGGAUUUAAUCGUGAAACUAUCAAGCCAUUGAUUCUGGACUUGUUUAUUGCUGGAAGUGACACAUCUGCAAUAACUACUGAAUGGGCAAUGGCCGAACUGCUGCGAAAACCUGAAGCCAUGGAAAAAGCAAGAGAAGAAAUAAUCCAAAAAAUUGGUUUUGAAAGAUCAGUGAAGGAAUCAGACAUUGAUUUACUUCCAUAUCUACAAUCUGUUGUGAAAGAGACCAUGAGACUCCAUCCUGCUGCUCCUCUACUAUUACCAUACAAAGCUAACAAGGAUACUCAAAUUUUUGGCUUCACCAUACCUGAAAACAGCCAAGUUUUAGUCAACGCAUGGGCGAUUGCUAGAGAUCCAAAUCACUGGAAAAAUCCCAUAUCUUUUAUGCCUGAGAGAUUUUUAGGGUCUGACUCUGGUUACAAAGGGAAGGAUUUUGAAUACAUACCAUUUGGGGCUGGAAGAAGAAUUUGCCCAGGAAUGCCAUUGGCUAUUAGGAUGGUCAAUUUGAUGUUGGCUUCCAUUAUUCAAGCAUUUAAGUGGAAACUACCGGAAGGGACAACUCAAGAGAAGCUAGACAUGGAAGAGGAAUUUGGUGUCACCUUGAGGAAAGCUGUUCCACUUUGUGCAAUCCCUACUUUUCAAGAAAAUCUCAAAUUUUAGAUUAUCGUAUUGUCCUAGUCUUCUUGUUGGAAGCCAAAAAAUAUGAGUGCAUUAUGUUUCACGCGUUGCUUUAUCAGUAGUAUUUGUUCAAAUGUUUGUACUGGGAAUAAUUUGUAGUGUAAGAUUGUCAUCUUAAUCAAAAUGACUUUGGAUUGAACUUUA